AUGGCAACUCUUUCGGCGGAUCUCAAUGGUAAUGUUUCUUUUCCUUCUUCUUUUCAGGUUUCAAAUUGUUCUUCUAACCCUAAUUUUGCCAGAGCACUGAGUUUCAAUUCCAACUCCAGAGAGCUCCACUUGGUUCUCGAUCUGGAUCACACACUCCUCCACACCACUAAACUCUGUAAUCUGACACCUGAAGAAGACUAUCUCAAGAUCGGAACCCAUCCUCAUCGAGAUGUUUUCGUGCUUGAAACUGUGAUCACCAAGCUCAGGCCCUUUGUCUGGAGAUUCUUGGAUGAAGCCAGCAAGAUGUUUGAGCUGUACAUAUACACAAAGGGUAACCGGUACUAUGCGGGUCUAAUGGCUGCCCUGCUUGAUCCUAGGAAGGAGUAUUUCCCUUCCAGUUCUAGAGUCAUAUCGUGCGAGGAUCACGGAAUCGUGGGGCGAUAUAAGAGUCUGGAUGCUGUGGUUGGCUGCAAUUAUUCUAAUGUUUUGAUCCUUGAUGAUACAGAAGAGGCAUGGACAAAGGAAAGCCGGGACAAUCUAAUCGUUGUCGACAAGUAUUGUUUCUUUAGGCACAAAAUGGGCCUAGCUAAGUCUCAUGCUGAGUUAAAGACUGAUGAAUGUGGAUAUCUUGCAGCACUUCUUGAAGUGCUUAAGGUAAUCAACCGUGUCUUCUGUGAUGAACUAGCCAGAAAUCCUUCUGGUGUAGAUGUGAGGGAUGUGUUACAACUGUUUGGAAACAAUUGUUGA